AUGCUGGGGUGGGGUGGGGAGGCUGCUCAGAAGCAGCUGCCAGCCCCGGCUGAGCCCACUCUGCCCCAGUUGGGCCCCCACCUGCCCCCCCGGCUGACGCAGCAGCCCUGGCACCUGCUGUACUGCACCGCGCGGGAUGGCUUCAGCCUGCGGACCCUGUACCGGUGCGGAGGCCGGCCGGGCUGCCCUGCCCUGCUGCUCAUCAGGGACACAGAGGCACAGGCCUUCGGUGCCUUCUGUGCCAGCACCAUUCGCUGCAGCAAUAGCUUCUACGGGACAGGGGAGACCUUCCUCUUCUCCUUCUCCCCGGAGCUGAAGGUGUUCAGGUGGACGGGCAGGAACAACUUCUUCAUGAAAGGGGAUGUGGACCUGCUGAUGUUCGGUGGGGGCAGUGGUAGAUUUGGGCUGUGGCUGGAUGGAGACCUGCACCACGGGGGCAGCCACCCCUGUGAGACCUUCGACAACGAGACCCUCUCAGCCCGGGAGGAGUUCUGCGUCCAGGACCUGGAAGUGUGGGGCCUGGCCUGA